UCCUGUGUCCGCGGUCACACUGUAGAGGGCAAUGCUGUCGCUGAGUUCACGACAGGUAAGCGAGUGAGCUUCGCCCUAAAUCUUCAAGAUUAUUUCCAGUGCGGCAUUGAAGUCUGAAAGUUCAUCAAGUGCGGUGGUGUGUCUCGUUCACCAACCAGUGAAAGUAGUGGAUACAAAAUUCUUAAAUUGUGCGUGAUGAGGCACUUCUGACAGCAACAAGAGGUGAGCGUGUGGAGGAGCGUGGAGAUCGACGGUGUGUGGAGGCGGUGACACGCGAGCCUCAAUGGCGCUUUGGUCGUUACACUGAUGUUAUGUCCCCACCACAGCACAGCACAUGAGUGACGUCGACCUCAGCCUGCGUCAGCUUCUGGCAUCCUACGACUCGGCAUCGACCAGACCAAAACAGCCUCACAACCAAAGGAACUGAAAGAUGGCUAUCAUAGGUCACGGUGGCACCGACAUUAUCCGCCAAUUGGUGGGCAAUGUGGUGAACAUCUUCAAGAAGAAACGUGCACCAUGCACCUCCCCCUGUGAUGGACUUAUUCUCAAGAUGCACUACCAGUGGACCUUCUGGCUAUUACUUGCUGGGUUCUCUGCUGUCUGGUACUCCUGGUACCAUCGUGAUGUGAUCACAUGUGUAUCACAUUUCAAUGCUGAGACCCAGGUCCGUCUGGACUACAUUAACAUAUGCCUCUCCUACCCGUAUGUUGAGGAAGGCAGCUCAGACCGUAGAUUCCUUCUAUUCUACAGAUGGAUACACUGGACUCUACUAGUGCUAGCUGGCAUUUACUACAUCCCUCGAAAAAUCUCCAAGAAUUCAGAAAAUCCAAAGGUAAAAAAACUUAUCGAAGACCUUGCUGUGAACUCUCAUCGAUAUGACCAAAUUGAGAAAGAGUUGGUUGACAGAGCAGCACGCUAUAUUGCUUACAACCUUAAGACCCACAAUGGAUUGUAUUACAAGUUUGUCAUCUGCAAUGUGGUAGCAUUGUUUGUUGAUCUUAUCAGUUUCCAAUUUUUAGAUUUUGUGUUCCAAGGUCGCUUUCUUCAUUAUGGGUGGAUGUCAUACCCAUAUAGUCGUGACCCUGUUAAUUUCUCGGACUACAUGUCUAGGACUUUCCCUCCAUUUGCCAAGUGUGAACUGGGUGUGGUAAACAAGCUGGUUGGCCAAAGGACAGAGAAAUUUGGUUGCCAUUUAACAGUGAUGGAAUUAUAUGAGAAAGUGUUUUUAGGGGUAUGGGUGUGGCUGAUCAUCUUGACGACAAUCACUUGUGCUUACCUGAUAUUUUUGGGUUUCAUGUGGCUCCCAUACUUCCGUUUAAUGAUGCUUAGGGUGGCCAAGCCUCUCAAUGCCAAAGACACAGUGAGUAACACUAUAGUAUCUGUAGUGAACUGCUGCAAGAUUGGUGAUGUUUAUUUGCUCUACCGUUUGAAACAGCACUUAAGUCAUGCCAGGUUCUAUGAACUCUUAACUCGACUCUCAGAUCCAGAACUUAUAAAAACCAUGCUUGAGGACCCAGCUGAUCGAGCAGUUCAUGCCAGAAACCAGGACAACAUGCGUAACAGGAAACCGAACAUGACCAUUGGUGGACCUAAAGGCAAAUUCAACAAUCCCAACGAUCUCUUCAUCUCCCAGGAUUAUGGACGACCUAACACCAGCAUUCUGGUGGAGUAACUAAAGCCUACACAGGGGUUGUAGGCUCUUAAGUACUUAUAGUGCCGCUCGGGGAGAGCACUGUGUCUGUUGCUUAAGUGCUGACUGAGUAUCAGAUGUGUUCGCUGGGACGCCUAUGCUGCACCUCCCUCGUAGUGUAAGGCUCAGUGAUAUGACUGUGGUAUUUCUAUUGUUCGCCUUUUAUGUAUGAUAGUUGUUGGUUGAAUAUAGCCAUGGUAAAUGGUUAAUUAAUUCAUGAAUGAAAGUGUAAUGACCGUCCAAAUGUGUUGUAUGUACAGUAUUCAUAUUUUAACUUCUGAUAUUAGCUAUUUAUAAGCCUUUUGAUAGGGAACAGUUUUACAUUGGUUUCAUCUGCAAAUUUUUUUGUUGCAUUGCAGUUUAAAUGUGCUUGUGAAUGAAUGAGAUGAAGGCAAACUUGUUGCAUAGUUUUGAUGUAUUAAGUGAGAUAUGGGCUAAUUAAUUGCUGUAAUAUGUGUAGGGUUGUGUCCUCCAGUCAUGCCCAGUCAUUUACAGCAUUUGUUAGUAUAGCUUCAUGAUUCAUGUUGCAAGUAUUUAUGCAUUUUAGAUUCUUAAAGAAGUUAAUUCUUUGUGAAAUCUUCAUUAGUGUUCAUUAUUUGUGAAAAUAAUUGAUUUUAUUUUUAUUUUAUGUGUAGCUAAUGCUGAAAUUUUAAUUGACCCCAAUUUGCUUAAAAAAAUCAGUGAUAUGACUUGCCAAUAACAAGAUGGUGUAAAUGACAUUGUUAUCAAUGCCAUAUUGGGAGACAAUCAAGAAGAUGACAUACAUUUUUGUACUAUUUUGACAAUAAAAAAAAAUUCCAUCCCA